AACGUAAACAUAACAUAUCACAUAAAUAUAGAUUGUGUGACGGCGUCAGAUUAUAAAUCGUGUAACACUGCGCAUAGGUGUUAUUCACUAGAUCAGUGCACCGGCCGUGCGUAUUCUGUGUUAAGUUGUAGUUGUGGGUGCCCGCGCGACGUUAUCGCGUUGUAAACAAAGGGAAGCCGGCUCAACACAGUGUCGUCUGCCAGUGGACGGUGGUUUGGUGGGGGUUGAGUGGGGGCGGGGGCGAAGUCGUCCGCCGGCAAACGUCCAGACAACUGGAAAACGGAGUGCGCGGAUCGCGGGGUAUCGUAGCCGCAGAUCUACCAUCGACUCCUCCGCGUCCUGCGACGUCGAAACGUCGACAUCAGAUCUUGCGACGGUGAUUCCUAUCGUAUCAUCGGCGCCGCGCACGUAUUCAGGGGCGAGUAUGUCCACGCGAAUCUGAAAACGGUCUAAGCUGCUAGAGUCCUAGUUGCGCUUUGUUUCUCACGCCGUUGACUUCGCGGUCAGUGCCGUUCUUGUCCCUGACCACUGUAAGUUGCACGCGUCUCGUAAUUAACGCCUAACGAAGCAUAUCCACUGCAGAACAUCGUCGACGUAACCCGAAAUUUACAUCCGCGUUAAAUAGUACCUAGCCACUGUAUCUGUGACGUUGGACGUUUCGCUGACCCAUGCUCUCUAUCGUCGGACUGCAAUAACAGAACAAGACCAACAGACUUUGUAACAAGCUUCCUAUUUGUGCRAUUUUUAGAACUUAGUGGAACAAUAGACGAAAUCGUUACUACAACUCUUAGCGACAGUGCUAUUAUUACAUCAAAAACCAGCGACGAAAACAAAGUUAAUGUUGUCGCAUCUCCAUCAUAAUACACGAUCACUACCACCGUAAUAACGAUCACUAUUACCGCAGUAACAAAUACAACAGUAAGCAACUUUAACGGUAGCAUGACGUAACGGCACAGAUGAUGCUAACGAGGAUCGGUGGUGAUUAUUCCUAGUACACCUGCAGUGGUUCACGUGUGACAACAAAGAAAGUUGUCUGACGGUCAAAAUGAUAAAAAAUGGCCUAGACUUAUUCAUUCUAGGAAAAAAAACCUCUCUUCAUUAUUGAAACCAGCAGUUACGCCGCAUCAACUAUAAGACUACUCUGCCGUAGACGUCCCUUUGUCUCAAAUCAUCAUCCAAAUACAGGUGUGACGAAUGAAGUGAACAAGUACAUGCUGAUAUUAUUACUGACUACCCUGCUYUCUCACCUCGGUGACGACAAUUUCUCCUUCACUAGUUCCUGGAACACGGUCUCGUCUCUUGAUUUGACCAUUUCAACUUUACCAUUCCUAGGGAUGCAAGGCUACUGUAAGCACUGUAGCAAAAAGCAAUAAUAUUGAUAUCAGAAUUAAAGUCAAAGACUUGAACAAAUACAGAAAUAAAAUUCAAAUAUUGCUAUUAUUAUAGGAACAGAAAUUUAUUUCUAUUGCCAAAUAUAUAUAUAUGCCAAUAUCAAAUAAACACAUUUCUAAUAACGCAACAACUACUGCCAUUUUACCAAAACACUAUUGAACAAUAUUGCUUACUUUAAUAGCACUUACAACAUUUAUCCAAUAUAGUUUCACCAUACCAUUUUCGAUCCUCAUAAUUGAGCAUAAAUUCCGUAUGAAAGUUCAACAGCAAAGACAAAUAUACUGGGAUUAUGAAUCCCCUUGCGACCGAAGUCACCGGUCGUCGCAGCCUUUUGAAUGGAUUGGUGACAGCUGCCACAAGAUCUUGGCGACAUGGUCUUCAGCCUAACGGUCAUAAUUCGAACUCUUUGGUAUUUCCAACUAUUUCUACGUCAGUUAAUAAUAAUUCAACUUGUCAAAAUCCAGCCACAGAUAACUCUAACAUAACUGAAGAACAAAGAAGGUGGCAACAGCGUCAAGGAGAACACCGACUCAACGUCCUAUGGUACGGUGGAGAUGAAAUGCAGGUAAUACAACAGUCGCCAGCCGUUCUUUUCGAACUACACAAUCGUUAUCAGUCACCAGAUGACUGGGAAAAACAACCACUACGACAACGGCGACAUAAGUCUCAAAAAUCGCAGCGCCAAAGGAUUCGUAGAAAACAAUCAACGUUACCAAUAUCGCCGAUUGUAUGGGCCAUCCUAUUACAUACCAUGUAUUCAAUUGCUAUGGCUGCAGUUUAUUAUAUAUAUAGCGUUGAAUCUGGUAGUGGAUGGAUAUGGUUAAGAGAAGUCGACAGCAGCAGUAUAUUUAGAUGGUUAUGCCUCUUACCACCRAUGUGGUAUUUUGUCGGACAAGCUUUUUGUGCAGUCACCAUUGGUUAUGUUUGGCACCAGUGGCAAAAACGGCAAAAGUGGUGUUGCUACAUGUUAAUCGCAUUAUUUAUCACUGCAAUUUUUCCAUCUAUACCACUAUCCGAAGUCUUAGGAAAUAUAGUCGUGAAUAAAAUUACGCGAUUUCCCGUGGAAAACUCUGCUGAAAGACAGAAUCAUUUGUUAGAACAACUCAACUCUUAUAAUUCAGAAGAUGUUUAUGAAAAUCAAUUAGCACUUUACGAAGGCUUAUGGCACAUGGCAUUUUUCAUAUUCGUCUCGUACUGUCUGUUGUUGCCAACAAGUGUAGACAAACAAUCAGAUAACGAGUAUAGCGAAACUAUUAAUGAAGAGCAUAACGAUAACAAAAAAAAAUCGGAAGAUAAUUCCAAAGAAGACCGCCAUGUUUCAACCGCUGUUUUGUUGUUUGGUAUCGUAGGUUCUAUCGGACACACAACCCUUAAUAUGUACAUMGCAUACCAACAACACAAGCGUCUGGUCAACAAUUCGUCUAUGGCGGCUAUUCAACAGCUCAUCGCCAACGUAGCAGUUCUGUCAUGCGUCAACCUUGCUGGAUGGCUAUURCGUCAGACGAUAAUCCAGGACCGUACAGACAUUAGACAUUAUGAAGGGAACAGUAGAUUUGAUGGGAAACACAAAUCUCUACGAAUUGCAUUGCGCCGUCAAGCUGAGAAGCUAAAUCAACUCCUAACAUCCUUAUUACCCAGACGCGUGUUUUUGGAAAUGAAAUACGACAUAGUUACGGAUGCUGCACGUUCCUUUAAUUCAAUUCACUAUUCCACUGAUAAUAGUCACCGAGAUAAUGUCCAACUACAAAGUCAUCAGCAAGAAACGCUAUUGAAAACAUAUAGUACGCCGAAAAUGUAUUUGAAAGAAUACGAAAAUGUAAGUAUCGUGUUUGCCAAUGUCACUGGAUUCUGGGAUACUGUGCCACUAGUUAUGAACCAUGAUGAUUCUGGCUCCCAAACUUCCAACAAGAUUAUUACACUUAUUGAUCGACUGCUUGCAAAUUUAUUUCGUAAACUGGCAUAUCGCAAUCGCUGUCUCCCAAUACGCUUACUUGGCCACCGUAUGUAUUUCAUUUCCGGGUUGCCAGAUGAGGAAAGCUAUGGAUAUUACGACGAUGAACACAAGAACAGUAGUUGGAUGAUGAAAGACAAUGGGCAUGCUAGAAAUGCUAUUCAAUUGGGAUUGGAUUUAAUCGACGCUGUGAAUACCGUGGUUCGUGACUUAAGCCAGUUCCAUGGCAGACACAAAAUCAAUUUUAAUGUCCGGGUUGGCGUUCAUUCGGGCCGGGUAGCGUGUGGUGUGCUAGGUUUCACUGGAGGUACUAGAAUCCCAUCUGAUUCAGGAAGCCGUUGGCAAUAUAGUGCGUGGGGCCGUGACGUUCACAUAGCAUCAUAUAUUGAGAACAGUGGACGUCCCGGAAUGGUGCAUGUAAGUCGUGCAACAGUCGAUCGGGUUACUAAGAAAGGAUUUUCUGAUACUGCAGUUGAUAGAAUAAAUCAUCUUCCACCGGGAGUAAAACUCCGUAACAAUACUAUCAACUAUCAAGCUGAUUCCAAAGACAACUUAGACGACUACUCAUUUGAACGUAGUCAUGAGGAAGAAAGGAAUCAGUUUCUCCGCCACAACCGAAUCGACACAUAUUUUGUUAUUCCCAAAAUAAUAUUUCCUCAUCCAGAAAAUAUUGAAAAGUUGACAGAUAAUUAUAAAAUGUAUGAGAACGGUAAYUCGGAUAUUGUUUCACUGAUACUACUAUCAGUGGAUCGACAACUGCUAAGAGAAGAAAUGCGACAAAAAAGUGGUAUCGCCGGGUUAAAAACUGAAACAGAGAUGGAUUUAGAACAACUGCCAAAUAUUUCAACAACAUCGGCUGUGGAUAUGCCGGCGACAAUGGCUGCUUUGGCUCCUGUCCUUCCCGUAGCCUCGGUAAUGAAAAGGAACCGCCACAGGCGUAGUAGAUAUUUUGAUCAAGAGUCACAACAAGCGGCUUCUACAAAUCUUAAUGACAAUUCCGCUAUUACAUCAUCAAUGGAGCGUUACGGCCGGUGGGAAAAUGAUGUAUUUGUAGUCUGUAACAACAAUAAUCAUGAGAAGGUUAGAAGUAAAUCCGACGACGAUGAUCUCUUUCGGAUGGCCAAGUCACAGUUACUACUUCUGUGUGUAAUUAUUGCCCUGUUUGUGGUUAACGUAACAACUAUGCCAUGGACUAUGUUACUGGGGAUAACAUUUAUUACACCGUUUGUUAUAACUGCAGGAGAACUUAUCUAUGUGAUGGCCUUGUUAAUCGAUUGGAUUCCUCGUCCCAAGUUUUACAGCACUACUUACGCAACCGCCAUUAUUGCUGAUGAUGAUGAAUAUUAUCAUCACUAUGAUAACAAUGAUAGUGAUACUAGUAUCAGCAGUAACGGCGAUGAUAAUUACUUAGGCCGACUUUUUGUUUGUCAUCCCGGUAGAUAUUCAUGGUUCGCCUGGCUAUUGAAACCAUUUCAAGGCAGAACAAAUACCACGAUAACUACUCAUAACCAUUUAGAUAAUGGUAAUAGUUGGCGAAAAUUUUAUUUCAAAUGGUGUCGUUGUUACGGCCGCCAUAGCUGGUUCACUUGUUGUUUAAAUAAUGAAAGAGCAUCGUCUUGUAUGUCGUCUGACGACAGUGACAUUGAGAGCAGACUUGGCUUUCGAAACGAGAAUGCCAUAAUGGCAGCAACAGCAAGGACGUCAUCGUCGCGGCAUCAAAACCGACUACAACGUUCACAACCGAUUAACAGCUACAACAAUAAUCUAUUACGUCGACGACAUAGACAUCUGAAACGGAUAUACCAAGAUGAAGAGAAACGCACCUACUUUUAUUGGACAUGUGCCUGCUGCGAAUUAAUCGCUGUAUUGCUCAUUUGUCUUUUGGCUUUGUUAAAUGCUUUUACCUGUGAACCAGUUGAAAUAACUGCAAAAACUGUAUACGAUCAACUCCAUACCCACAGUACUAUUAUCAAUGAUARUGGGGGAUUCAACACCCCUAUAAGUAAUACAACACAACAACAUCGAAGUCCGCUGACGUGUAUGUGGCCUCAAUAUGCCGUACUCACGUGCUGUUUAGUGUACAUGUCAACUGCUAUUGCGUUUCCCAUCUAUUAUGGUUCGCUGCCAACGCUGCGGAUGAAAAUUGGAAUACUGCUUGUAAUGACUUGCGUAUUUGCUGUGGCUUUCGUUCACUUUACGCACAGGCAUGUGUUUGUCGCUGCCUCGAUGUCAUCUCCGAUACCAUCUUUCUUUAACAAGUCUAACGAGUUCCAAAAUCAUCGAACAAACAACACUGUCACUAUAAAUAAUAAUGACCAUCAUAAAAUGAUCAACAAUCCUGUUCAUAGUGAUGGCUACCGUGAAAACCAACGAUUAUUAAAACUAUUAGAACGAGAACAACAGCGAGUGGCUGACUUAAACACUGCUACAGCUACGGUGUACGCAAUUGCAUUCGCCGUGGCCACACUUACCUGCUUCGUGUACAAACAUCGAUUACAAGAUCGACGGGCACAUCACAGGGUUAAGGUAGAUCGCGACAUGAGACGAUUGUGUGUGUUGCGUGAAGCCCACAAGCGCAUAUUGCAUGCCAUCGUACCAGACCACGUAUCAAAUUUACUGCAACAAAGAUGCUGUAAUGAUGCUAAUGAUGCUGACGAUGAAUGUGAAGGAACUCCGCACCAACAGAAUUACAUAAUUGGAGAAACUAGACCGAUACCAAUGAGRACCACUCAUCAAAGUCAAGAACAUACGCCUGCAUACUUGACACCACCGCUCUAUCAAUGUGGCUAUCGAUCCAUAGUUAUCGUGUUUGCCACAAUUGUACAACAUGAUCAAUCAUUGCCGACUAACAUCAACUGUGAUGAAAUCAACGAUGCUAACAGUCAUCACUGCCAUAAACAGCUAGCACUACUUCACAACAUAUUCAGCGAAUUUGAUAGACUUCUUGAUAAUCAGAAGUACCGAGGAUUAAUAGAAAAGAUAAAAAUGGUGGGAACUAAUACAUACAUGGCAGCUGUUGGCCUGCAACAUCAUGAUGGACCAAAACGUCGACAAGUAAUGUUGCUGAAAGAUAUGAAAAAGAGAUGUGAUGAAUCUUGCAAUUUUGACAGACAAGAAACAAAACAUUUUAUUGAGAAUUACCACGUCGGAGAAGAUGUUGACAAUGAUCUAGAAAAUGAAUAUGAAUUAUAUAAUAUUAUAUCAGCAAAUUACAUAACAUUUGCUUUGGAUUUCAUCCGGGAAAUGCGUCGUGCUCUGCAUCGUCAGCAAACAACGAUGGUGACUCCUGAAGGAAGCUCAAAUAUUUCACAUCCUACACAAUUUGUUCUUCGAGUUGGAGUAAACGUUGGACCCGUUAUAGCUGGCUUAAUUGGCUGCAAUGAUAGUAUCUGGAAACGUCCGCARUUUGACGUAUGGGGUAAUACGGUAAACGAGGCUAGACAAAUGGACAUCACUAGUAUACCAGGUAGAACUCAAGUUACCAGUUGCGUUGUCAACAUUAUGCAAUUGAUACAUUAUCCAAAUCCAAAGUAUGAGUUCGAUACCCAAACGAAGAUGAUAAACAAGGAUAAAAGGAUACUUACAUAUUUCGUUCGUGAAAGUUUUGAACGAGAUGAUGAGCAUAACUCAAUCCAACGAAAACUCUCUAACUGUCAUCAUCAACAGCUGCACCAAAAUUCUCCUUWUCAAUAUGAGUCGGACCGACUACAUCAGCAGAACCAUCUACAGACCCACAUACGACCAUCACAGAACGUCUGCCGCUCGACACCUUUGCACUUCAUACGUGACCAGUCUCCACUCAAUGUAGUACCGCUUGUUAACGUCCACUCGAAACACUCCCACUACAAUGCUGUGGUACAACAAGAUUCGCGACAAAAAUGUUUGGAACCACAAAAAACACCACCGCCACCACCACCACCCCGAAGUCCACCACCAGUUACAACCCGACAAACGCAAUAUCCGAUGCAACACCAAUACAGCGAAGAACGCGAUCGAUAUCCAGAUAUUCAGAAUAAAUCACGAGGUAUUCCCCAUUUAUCUCAUUGUAAACAAGAACAGUAUCAACAAAUCCGAUGCGCCUCCAACUCGACCGCAUCAACAGCAGCCACAUACGCCCGCCCACUACAAAAACAACAGCACCCAUCUACCUUGGCGCCAGUGCCCCAUGGUCUCGUACGAAUUUUUGGUGAUUCACAACAACCAUCGCCGCCAAACACCCCAACUACUACCGAGGCCAAUACAACAUGUACCUCAUCAAACCAUUCUACUGGUGUGUCAAAUCUUAACACCGCUUUGCAUAAUCAACAGCCCCAACAAGUACGUCGCCCAAACGUAUUGCUUCUGAAGAAUACAACAUCUGCAUCAACAAAUAAGUUUGACGCCAAUCGUCCUCUACCGGAUCCACCACGCUCUUCUGACACUGUAGCUGGUCGACAUCGAAACCGUGACGAUCCACGGCGGAGGCGGCGUCGUCAGCACAAUCAACCACCUACAAUGACCAAACAACAACAGGAAACUAAACAGGAUAUUAAUAAUGAUCGUUUUCCGGGUGUAGUCUCCCCGGCCUGGCCUUCGUCAUCUUCGUUCCGCUCACCAAUCAGCGUGGGAAGUUUUGUCAGCGAGUCAUCUCCGCCAUCAUCAUUAUCGUCAUCUGGUUCUACAGAUGCCGGUGGCACUACAACAUCCAAUAAUAAUUACAACACCACUACCACGGCUUCGUCGUCAGACGACAGUUAUGGUUGUACGACUACAGAGGACUGUGCUGACAUUGAUAGAGUGAAUACUGAAAAUUUAGGUACUGCUACUACUUCCGUCGCCAUAUCAUCCGUUCACCAUCGUUACCGACAACAGCAACAUUUACUGCUUCAUCAGUGGUCUCCGUCAACGACAGCUAAUUCAUCUCCUGUUAGACGAUCGUCGUCUUUCCGUUCACCGCUGUCUGCUGGUGACAACACUGCUGCGUCAUCAUCAUCAUUGCGAUCUCCACCUAUCGUUGGCCAGACUAUCACUACCAACUUUGGGGGAACACAAUCGUUAAACCGCCGCCACAUACGCUCUGCUAACUCCACUACAGGAGGCGCUAGUAACAGUUCCAGCCGCCGUCGUCGACGACGACAGCAGCAACAAAACAACGCAACAACAGCUGGGAAUUCUACACCCCCAGCUGGUGUUAUACCAGAUGUUAUAGGCAUUAUGAAUACCACCUCAAAUGUUUCAGCCGACAAGUGUGAAUCAUCGUCUUCAUUGGCAUGGAAAAAACAACAGCAACAUCAGCGACGACAAAUAAUAAGUAAAGACCAAGGAACAGUUGGUGGUGUAGUGGGCCCAGAUUUUACCGAUGAAAUACGGCGUAUAUUGUUAUUAGACCAACACCGUGGAAACAUUCGUCAACAACAGGCUGUACUAUUCAAAGAAGAAGAAAUAAAAGUCAAUAAUCAAAGCGAUGAUUUCACUGACGACAAAGAAAAAGUCAAUGAUAACGUUGCUAAACACUUGUCUUCAUCAGAGCAACAGCAUCUUUGCACUGCAAUAGUUGCAACGACGAAUCAGAAACCCAAUAAAGAUGACAAAAAUAGUGAACAAGUCGACAAAGAUAUUGCAAAUACAGCAACAAUAUCAGUUCCAGCUACUGUUGCUUCGACGACAAAUAUUUCAUCAGCGUCAUUGUUUGAGGAGCGUGAAAGACAAAUAACGGAACAAGUUAAGCGGCAGCAAGCCGAAGUGAGACGGAUAUUACAGGAGCAUAAGAACAACGUUGUAGCUGCUGCCAGAGGGCCCGCAACAAUUACGGGUGAUGUUAUUUCACACAGCCGUAAACAAAGAGUUAUGGAGUUGGCGGUAGAGUCAUCAUGGAGUGACGAUGAAUCGUUAGAACCAUCUUCAUCAUUACUAAAUAGCAAACAUCGGACCCCACACAUCGGUUUCUCGGUAGGUUUGAAUGACUAUGAAUCUAACAACAGCUUUGUAGCUGCAGAAACAGAAUACACUACCGGUGGGGACGGUGAUGAUUACACGACCGACGGUGACGGAUACACUACUACUGGGUAUACAACAGACGAGGCUGCUGCUCUUACCGGUCAAGAAACAGAUAUGUCAUACGAUGCUACCAGAGGUCUACCUGAUGCAUCUACAGCAAGACAACUUGAUGACAAUCUAUCAACUAUGAACGACACUGGUCUAACUGAUGCUGAAGCUGCGUUAAGUGACGUCAAUUCAAUGAUUGACUACAAUGAUUGCAAUGACAACAAUCGUUACAGAGGUCGUCGUCAGAGUAGCUUAAGCAGUAACAGUGUGUGCCCAUAUGCUAGUGAUAGUUUUUGCGAAGAUGAUGACGAUUACAAUGAUGAUGGUCAAUAUUUUUUCUGGGAUGGAUAUCACGUGCAGAAUGAAAAUGUUGAAUUAGGUGAUGAUGACGAUGACAAUAACUGUCAACAUAACCAUAAUCGUUUAUUGCUACAGCAACAUCAGUCUCCUACUCAUCUAUCUUCAUCAACAUCACCGYCACAGGCUGAUGGUUGUACUGGUAUCGACAAAAAAAGAUCAUACCAUCAGUAUCAGCUUCAACAAUCAACAACACCACAAGCCAGUGACUCCAAUACUACUAGAAAUAUCAUUCAGAGAUCAAUCACGCCGGAUGAUACUGUAGCUUCCACUACUACAAGAUUGGCUACUAAACUUAACCCUUCUUCUGUAGCUAGUAACACCAAUAUCAAUGCAUCUCCUGAUUGUUGUAGCACAGCUACAAAUACUAUUAGUUCAAAUACUGAACCAAAUUAACAGCCAUCACCAUCUAAUAUUAUUAAAGAAAUGUCAUCAUGAAAAUACCUUACAUUUCUGAACACUAUUGAGGUUAUCUCCAUUGGUAUAUUUCAAUAUAAUAAAAUCUUUAGCAAUAUUUAUCAUUUAKUACUUAUUUAAAUGUAUGCCGUAUAUCGAUGGUAAUAACUAGGGUUAGAAUUAUAAUGCACUUAGCUAACAUGCUUGUUGUUUUGUACAAAUAUGACUCAUUUGUUGUUGUUUAAUGAAUUUUUAUUUAUUUAUUUAUUUAUUUAUUAGUGAAUACUCCAGGAUAAAUUUUCUGAGCUCACAAUUGCAAAUUUUUAAGUUUUUUUGUAUUGUUUAGUUUUUUGGGCAUUUUUUUCAUCUCAAUAGCA